AAACACGGCUAAAAAACUAAAAAAUAGGAGCAGGUUCUGUAAAAAGUGAGAUCGAGCGAGCUAGCAGCGGGAGGAAGGAAAGGGUACCUGGCAACCUCGAGGCCGAUUCCGCUGGUGGAGUCGGUGACGAUGCAAGUAAUUCCGUCGAGGUGAGCGGCUCAACUACGAACGGAGAGCGUGAUGCCGGCAGUGACCGAGGAGCUGGAUUCCCGAAGGCGUACCGGGUUGAUCGAUGAGAUUACGAGAUUGGAGAAGAAGAUCUUCCCGAAGCACGAGUCCCUCGCCCGAUCUCUAGAACAGGAGGUAAUGAGGAAGAACAGCGGCUUGAUCUAUGCAAAGGAGGUCAGCGAAGGACGAGAAGAAGGAGUGAUUGUAGGCUACGUUAUGUAUUCCUGGACAUCUUCUAUAUGCGCCUCAAUAACCAAACUAGCCGUAAAGGAGAGUUAUAGAAGGCAAGGUCAUGGGGAAGCAUUGAUGAAAGCUGCUAUUCAGAAAUGUAGAACAAGGAACGUCCAACGUGUUUGCCUUCAUGUUGAUCCUGAGAGGAUUCCUGCCUUCCAAAUUGAGCAACUCAUUGAAUCUUAUUAUUCAGUUGAUAGAAAUGCUUAUAGAAUGUAUUUGGAAUUUGAUGAUAAAUGCUAGAAAUGCCAAGUUCUUUGUUUAUGCAUCCUGCCUGUAGAAUAAGUGAAGUAAUAGACAAUGCUGUUUUGGAGCUUCAGUAAUUUAUAUUUUGGCAGAGCCCUUUGCAGAUUGCAAAA